AUGCUAAUGCAUGCAGAAGAAGCAGAACUCCUGCAGGUGGUGCUGACAGACCUGGCGACUGUGAACCUUCACCAGAAAACAAAUGCAAGAGAGGGGGGCAGGGGGCUUGUGUCCCCCGGCCUCACAUCACACAGGCUGCUGGCUCUGCGGCGGCAGCUGCCCCUGGCUACUGCACCGCCGGAUCAUCUGCAACAGAGAUGUGUGCAGAGAGCAGGCCGUGGAAGCGGCCAGGCGACAAGCCGGUGCCGACGGUGUGGCGGCGAUUCGAGGGCCGGCGGCCCGUGGCGUGCAGGACGCGGCGCCGGAGCUGGACGACGCAGUGCUGGAGCUGAUGGCGGCGCACUUCCUGCGCGACGAGCCGGUGUGCGGGGCGCUCCAGCUGGCCGGGAGCCGGCGGCCGCGCGGGACCUGGAGCGGCUGUGGCGCCGCAUGCUGGCCGGGCGGGCGGUGCCCGUCGCGCUGCUGGAGGACGGCGGCGGCGCGAGCAGCCGCGUCUCCGGCGCCAACAUGACGUCGCCCGAGUGCCUCGCCGACAGGGACAGGGAGGAGGAGGUUCGUAAGGCGUCGCUUUGAGUAAACAGGGUGCACGACACACUUCAGUGGUACUGCGAGAGAAACGUUACAAACUACGAGAGCUUUUCGGAAGGUAAGGAUUGAUUGGUCGCGAAAUGGGAACCGCUUUGAAAAUUAGUUGCAACUUUAAACAGAUGUGUUGGCCAAUGCGCUUAGUAAGCCCAUCUUUCGCGCCACGUAGCUCUUUUCAGUUCUCAGUGCACAGUGAGCACGUAAAGAUGCUCAGACAACAGUGUCUCCUCGUCAAGUAUGAGGACCUGGUGAGGUUUCACAAGCUGCCACGCAGCCCACACAACAUAACUGUCACGUGUUUCCUUCUUCUUGAUAAUUCUCCGCCACACUCUGCAGGGGUGAUAACUCUACUCUUGCAACGUUUUUUUUUUAUUUUAAUUUUUUCAAUGAUGACUGAUUAAUCACCCACAAUACAGACAGUAAUUGGCUACAGACAGUGCACUAUAGACCAGCAUAGAGAAAUAGCGGAAAGCACAGGCGGCUGCCUUUAUGAUGAAGGUAUAGGAAAGUUGAUACAACUCUAUGACAAAUGUCUAUGUCGGAGCAGUGACUAUGUAGAGAAGAGUAGUAGGGUAAUGGGGUUUCUGGUGCACUUUUGACAUCAUAAUCAUAUGCAGAUUAAUAAAAUUGAUCAGUUAAUUACACCCCAGGCCCCCAUCCCCAUCUUCACCCUCAGAUGUUGCCAUGUGCUUUCUCCAGCCCUCUCCCCCUUUCAAUCACAAUAAAAGAUGGAUUUAAAAAAAAAAUUGUGUGCAUUUCUUUUGGAGUGACCCACUUACCACAGUUACUGCCAUCAGAUGAAGAUGGCAUACACGAACAAUGACUACAUUGACAUGUUGCUGAUGCUCAGCGAGAGCCAACAUGAUGCCACUAAAGCAGUUGUGAGAUAUCCUCCAGCAGCCAUUACAUUCUUACAUGCCGAAGAACAACUUCAGGAAACAGGCAGCCUUUUAAUGCGCCACAGUAACAGAGGAAGAACUGCAAGAAGUGAGGAGACAGAGGUGUUUGGUUGAGCUGCAGUAGCUACACCACAAUCCUUAUGUCAGCUUAUGAGCCGUUGCUGCAGUUGCUGGUGACAGUCUCACAUCUGUGUGGCGUAUAGUACAUGGCCACAGGUUUUACCCGUACUCCCUCUCACUGACCCAGGAGCUGCAUGGGAACAAUUUCUGUGUAAGUGUUACAUUCUGUGAAUAACCCAUGCGUAAUUUCACACUGGAGUCUUUACAAGGUGUUAUGUUCUCUUAUGACUCCACAUUCACAAAUUAUGGCGCAGUGAAUCGCCAUAACGUGCACUACUGGGCCACAGAAAAACCUCGGUGGGUAUGACCUGUCGACUGUCAAUGUAGGUGGUCUAAUAGUGUAUGUUGUGGAAUCCUUGGGGAUGUAAUCAUCGGUCCACACUGCUUCCCAGGUACACUGACAGGUGACUUAUAUCGCUCGUUUAUAGAUGACAGUUUAGCUGGUCUCCUUGAACAUGUGUGUCUACACGCAAGAGUCCAUAUGUGGAUGCAGCACGAUGGUCACCCAGCCCAUUCUGCGCAUGCUUUUGUGCAAGAACUAAACAACAGCUUUACAGGAAGGUAGUUGGGACGCCAUGGUCCUCAUUCAUAGCCCUCAGGGUCGCCCGAUUUAACAUCAUUAGAUUUCUUUUUAUGGGGAUAUCUAAAGGAUCAUGUUCAUGUCACUGAGCCAACAUCCCCAGAUGAUCUAAAAUGGCGCAUCGAGGACGCAUGUUGCUCCGUGACACCGGCAAUGUUACAACUCUUCUGCAGAUCCUUUAGAAGGCGCAUUGCAUUGUGCAUUCAGGAAUAUGGACACACAUUUGAACAUCUCAUUUAAAUCAACUUCCCACCGCCAGAACAUCCAUCAUGCACCACACAGCCAUAUAUUACGUACAGCAUGUGGUAUCUGCCCCUGAAACUUUGCAGGGUUGUAGCUCCCAAACUAAAACUGAUAUUAAUGUAAUUUAAAUUGAUGUAUACAAAGCUGGUGUUACUGUUUCCAGUGUAUGAUAGAAACAACUAUUGUUCCAUUUAAAAAAAUUGUAUCUUUUUGCUGUAACUCUUUGAAUAAUAACACAAUAAACUAUGUUCAUAGCUCCGCGGACAGUGUAACGUUUGUCAUGGUGACCUACCACAAUAAAUAUUUCCGUCGCCUAUUA